AUGAUCGACGCUUCAGCCGAGCUUCCAUCUAUCGCGAAGCUACAAUACUUACUGUCAUCGUUGAAGGGGGACGCGGCGGUACCCUUCGAGCAUACACCUUUAACGGCGGACAACUAUUCGGUUACCUGGGCGGCGCUUCUUAAACGGUACGACAAUUCUCGUCUUUUGAUUCGCGAAUACUAUCGCAAAUUGCACUACCUUCCGGGAGUGCAAUUGGUGUGCGUUGACAAGCUCACGCACCUGGUGGAUGAAUUCACCCGCUUCGUCAACGGGUUGAAAAAGCUGAACGAACCGGUUGACUCGUGGGACACACCCCUCUCAAACAUGCUGCUGAUGAAGUUGGAUCGAGAGACAUUGUUGGCUUGGGAGAAACAUUCCGUGCACUUCACGACGGACAAAUAUAAGGAUGUGAUAGACUUCGUGCAAGAUCGUAUCCAAAUCUUGAAAUCGACCAACAACUUCGUGAAGGAUCAAGCAGCUAGUGGUAUCAAGGUGGCCGGUCUCAUUCGUCAACCAGGGCAACGGAGAUUCAUCGCGAAUGCAGCUACAUCUCACUCGGCUCCUGCUGCAUCGACUGCGCACACCCAACAGCCAAAGUGUCCAUUGGAGUGUUCCGAAGACCACACACUGCGCAACUGUCCAGUGUUCAUCGCCAAGGAGGUCCAACAGCGACGGGACGUCGUCGCAUCGAAGUGGCUGUGCUGGAACUGUUUGAGCAGCAAUCAUCAGGUUAGAGCGUGCAAGUCGGAUUAUUCGUGUCGCACGUGUCGUGAGCGUCAUCACACACUUCUACAUCAUUCACCACCCUAUGCUCCACCCGCAACGGUAACAUUGUCAGCUCAGUCGAAUGAAGACAAUGUGUUUCUGGCGACGGCAAACAUCCAGAUCAAGGAUGACUACGGGAACACCCAUGAAGCAAGGGCGUUGUUGGAUUCGGGAUCCAUGUCGAAUUUCAUCGCUGAGGAGUUCGCACGGAAACUGCUGACGAGUCGCAAAAGGGUCAACGUCGCUGUAUCGGGCAUCAGCAAUGCAGUACAGCAGAUCAAGGGUUCCAUCGUCGCUACCGUUCAGUCCAAGACACAACCCUUCGCAACGGAGAUGACUUUCUUGAUUCUGGACACGCCAUCCGCAAACAUCCCUACAUCACCAACGGACGUCUCUUCAUGGAAAAUGCCGGACGUGGCAUUGGCGGACAGCACCUUUAACAGUCCGGGGCAAAUCGACAUCGUCAUCGGAGGCGAUACGUUCUGGGAGCUCCACACCGGUCGCAAGUGCUCUAUCGGUAGAGGCAAACCGUGGCUGGUCGAAACCCACUUUGGUUGGGUUGUCACCGGCAACACUCAUCAUUCGUCAGUCGGUCCGCGGCUGUGCCAUCUAUCUGCAUACGACACCCCACUGGAGGAGACCAUGCAGCGGUUCUGGGAGAGUGAAACCAUAGCCGAGGAUCCUGUGCUAUCGGUUGAGGAGAAUGCUUGCGAGAAGCAUUUCGCAGCAACAACUGUUCGCAACUCAAGUGGAAGGUAUGUCGUUAGUGUGCCAUUUAACUCCAACCCUAAUAUCGUUUUAGGAGAGUCGAAGGAAAUAGCCGAUCGCAGACUGCGUUCUAUCGAACGGCGGUUGAACACCAAUGCUAAAAUGAAAGAAGAGUAUGUGAAAUUUAUGAAAGAAUAUGAGCAUUUGGGGCAUAUGAAGCGGCUUACCAGUCCUGCAAACGAUUCGGUAGAGCAUUACUACCUCCCACAUCACGCUGUCGUUAAAGAGUCAAGCACAACCACGAAGGUGCGUGUCGUGUUCGAUGCAUCCUGUAAGACUUCGAGUGGUUACUCAUUGAACGAUAAACUCUUAGUGGGACCAGUCGUUCAAGAAGAUCUUUUAUCGAUUAUCCUUCGGUUUCGUUCUCGUGCCAUUGCUCUCACUGCAGACGUAGAGAAGAUGUAUCGGCAAAUUUUACACAGCCCUCAUGACCGUAACUAUCUACGCAUCCGGUACAGAGAACAUCCUGCAGAUCCUAUAUCGACCUUUGAGCUACAGACGGUUACGUACGGCACAGCCUCUGCUCCAUUUUUGGCAACCAGGACCCUCAAACAGAUUGCUCUUGACCACAAGGAAGAGUAUCCUUUGGCAAUGAACGCGGUCAUGAACGAUUUUUACGUAGAUGAUUUGCUAACGGGUACCGAUGAUUUGUCCGAAGCAAUCGUUAUACAAAGGCAAAUCUCAGACAUGCUAAAUUCAGCUGGUUUCACGCUGAAGAAAUGGGCAUCGAACCGCUCCGAAGCAUUGAAGAACGUUCCUUCAGAAGAUGUGGCGGUACAACUCUCGCACGAGUGGAAGAGCUCGAAACAAGUAUCCACACUAGGCAUCGUUUGGGAACCGGCAACUGAUACACUACGGUUUCGUAUUGAGAUACCACCUACAACACCCAGCAUGACGAAAAGGUUAAUUUUGUCAUAUAUCGCCAAGAUAUUUGAUCCCCUCGGGCUACUGGGCCCAACGAUCAUCAUCGCAAAGAUGUUCAUGCAGCAACUAUGGGCUCUCAAGAUUCAUGGAAAGGCAUAUGACUGGGACAGCGAGCUACCAUCGCACUUACAGCAUGAAUGGUCGAAAUUUCACUCUACAUUAUCUUCACUACGCAAUUUGACAGUCCCACGGUACAUAUCGCAAUGCACGGCAACAAGUCUGCAAAUUCAUAUCUUUGCUGACGCAUCACAACUAGCAUAUGGUGCUUGUUGCUACAUUCGGGCUAAAAGCAUGGAAGGAUUCACCGUGCAGCUGCUAACAGCCAAGUCAAAGCGCCGCGUAGGAAACAAGGUCCAUGCUAAGGAUAUCCCACCGCUCACUGUAGACGAACUCAAGGCGGCAGAACUCAAGUUGUGUUAUCUUUCGCAACAAGACACCUUUUCCGAGGAGAUACAACACCUGCAGAAGGGCAAAGAGAUUCCGAAGAACUCCAAACUGAAAUGGAUUUCCCCUUUCAUAGAUACGCAAGGUAUUCUGCGCAUUGGUGGCCGGCUCAGUAACGCACAUCUGUCGGAAUCAGAAAAACACCCGGUAAUAUUAUCAUCGAAACAUCCACUGUCCGCACUACUAGCUGUUUCGAUACACUUGACAUUUAUCAAUGCACUUCGUCGUUUGAUUGCACGUCGUGGUCAAAUCAGUGAACUGCAUUCCGACAAUGCAACCACCUUUAAGGGAGCGGCACAUGAGCUGAAUCGCGUCUACAAGAUGCUAAAGAGCGACGAACACGAUCGAGCUGCUAUAUUUGAUUGGUGCGCGAUGAAUCAUAUGAAGUGGAAGUUUAUCCCACCAAGAGCACCACAUUUUGGAGGUUUAUGGGAGGCGGCGGUGAAGGCAGCUAAAAAGCAUAUAGUCAGAACAAUAGGAACAACAAGCAUCACACAGGAGAGCAUGCUUACCCUACUUGCCCAGGUAGAGCAAUGUUUGAAUUCGCGACCGAUUACACCUCUAUCCGAUGAGCCGUCGGACUUGGAACCAUUGACACCGGGACACUUCCUCGUCGGUGGCAAUCUGCAAGCGGUACCAAUCAUCGAUUACACCGAGACACCGAGCAACUAUUUGAGGGAAUACCAGUUGGUACAAAAACAUCUGCAAACCAUUUGGGCUCGAUGGUAUCCGGAGUACCUGCAGCAGUUACAAGCUCGAGCCAAAUAUUGCAACGGGAAAUCAGCGGUUCUGAAAGAAAAUACACUGGUGAUUAUUAAGGAAGACAAUGUACAUCCUACCUCGUGGCCGAUGGGGCGCAUCGUUGCAGUACACCCUGGAAAGGACGAUGUUGUUCGCGUCGUUACAGUGCGCACUGCUUCAGGGAAGCAAAUCGUCCGCGCAGCUAAUCGUCUGGCAGUUUUGCCUAAUCCGGACGUAAUUAGCAACUUAGAGCAGAAGGAAACCACUGGCACUGAGUAA